UCUCUCUCCAAUGUAUAAAGUGUGCGGUUACAGCGGGAGCCAACCACUUCCAUCCCCUUGUGUUGCACAAUAAAUAAUACCCCCUUCUCUCUCUCUCUCUUACACACCCACUUUCCCUCCAACUCCCUUCCUUUUCCGCCGCAGAGUCACGCAUUUUCACUCACUUCACUUCACUUCACUUCCAUUUCCAAACCUUAUUUACUCCUUCCUCUUCCUAACCAAAAUGGUUCAAACCCCCAAGUCCUCUAAACCCGAAGCCAUUUCCCCCCUCACUCCCGCCCAAACCCGCGAACCCUCCUCCCUCCCCCUCCGCCGCCGCAGCCUCCGCCUCGCCCCCGCCGCCGAUUCCGCCGCUAGGGUUUCCGCCGGUUCCCAAGGGGGCCAAAAGGGAAACGGCUUCCUCAACUUAAGGUCGGGAAAGAAGGUUCUCAAGAGAACAAUGACCGACGAUUCAGAACCACAAGUUCAGAAGGCAAAUAACCAUGACUUACCAGAGAAGACUGCUGACGUGGCAGUUGCGGCUGAUAGCAAUGUCAACCUUGUAGCAGAUAACUCCGACCCCGCCGCAACACCCGCUAGGGUUUCCACCGGUGACCGGAAGCGCAAAACUGACUCAACCGGUUCCCAACAAGAGGGAUUUCUCAACUUAAGAUCAGGGAAGAAGCCUCUCAAGAGACCAAUAACGAACGAUUCAGAAGAACAAGGAAAUGAUGAUGACGUGGCAGUGGCGGUUGAUGACAAUGUGGUAACACCGGAAUCCAGAGCCGAGAACUCAGGUAUCAAUGUCGACGUUAUUGCAGAUAAUGUAGCAUCGCGAGUUCGAACACGUUCUAGAAGCUCCAAUGGAGGAGAGCGUGGUUCCGGUUCCGGUUACCGGAUGGAACGGUUCCACGACAUAGCGCGGGAAAACGCGUCGCGCUUCGCUCAUUUCUUACCGGAAGAGGAACCCGAUGACCGGUCAGCGCCGGUUCCCGAACCGGCGCCUGAGGAAAUCGAGGACUGGCCCGGUCCUUUCUCCACGGCUAUGAAGAUCAUCAGAGACCGAGGGACGAAGUUGCAAAACGCUGAAACGAGUUCGCAAGCGAGAUUGUGUGAGUCUAUUGCGUGGGUUCCCGAAGCGAAGAAGGGGAAUGUAGGUGUUGGUGUUUCGGUUCCGUCGUUGCAGGAGAUGUGUCUUAACAUUCUUGCGAAGAAUGUUGAUGCGAUUGCUUCGCUCGAUAGUGUGCCUGAUGCGCUGAGGCACCGGCUUAGCCACUUGCUCUGUGACUCGAGGAGAAUUAAUAAUCACUUUUUGGAGCUUCUUGUGCGUGGAACUCCCACGGAGAUUCGGCUCAGAGAUUGCUCGUGGUUGACGGAGGAACAGUUUACAGAGUGUUUUCGAACUUGUGACACUGGGAAGUUGGUGGUACUGCAACUUGACCAGUGUGGGCGUUGUUUGCCUGAUUAUGUAAUAGUAGCUACUUUGGCACAGUCACCAAGGCACUUAUCUAGAUUAACUACUCUAUCCCUCAGUGGUGCAUGCAGACUUUCCGAUGGAGGUUUGCGCGAACUUGUUUCCUCUGCUCCAGCACUUAGAUCAAUAAAUCUCAGCCAGUGCUCCCUUCUCACCUCAGCUAGUAUUUAUAUUUUGGCUGAAUCAUUAAGAUCUCUUCUGAAGGAGUUGUACCUUGAUGAUUGCCAAGGAAUUGAUGCUGCACUAAUUGUGCCAGCACUAAUUGAGCUUGAACAUAUAGAAGUGUUGUCAGUAGCUGGUAUCCAAACUGUUUGUGAUGAAUUUGUCAAAAAUUACAUUGUUGCACGCGGGCAAAACAUGAAAGAGCUUGUAUUGAAGGACUGUACAAACUUGACCGAUGUAUCAAUCAAAGUUAUUGUUGAGCACUGUCCAGGAUUAUGCGUGCUUGAUCUUAUGAACCUGAGCAAAUUAACAGACUUAUCUGUAGGAUAUCUUGCAAAUGGUUGUCGAACACUUCACACACUGAAGCUCUGCCGAAACCCAUUCAGUGAUGAAGCAAUAGCUGCAUUUGUGGAGACCACCGGAGGGUCCUUAAAGGAACUGUCACUUAAUAAUAUUAAGAAGGUUGGUUACCACUCAACCAUAUCGCUUGCAAACCAUGCAAAAAACUUGUAUUCUCUAGAUCUAUCUUGGUGCAGAAAUUUAACAGACAAUGCAUUGGGUUUGAUUGUGGAUAGCUGCUUGGCGCUGAGGUUACUUAAACUUUUUGGAUGCAGUCAGGUAACAGAUGCAUUUGUCAAUGGCCACUCAAACCCACAGAUCCAGAUAAUUGGUUUGAAGAUGUCUCCUGUGUUGCAACAUGUCAAAGUGCCAAAUCCUCAUCAAGGUGCUUUGAAUUAUUCAUCCGUCUCCGUAGUAGAUAUGGUAUAAAAUAUUAUAUCAGAUUCGAAAUAUAUAGUAGCAUGUAGCAUAACUAUGUGAACGAAGAUAUUUCCAGUAGAUCCAGAUCAGACAGACGAAAGCUUCUGUUAACUGAAGGGUUUUUUGACUUUUUACGUCUGAGUAGCCCGUUUUUGUAACCGAGGGUCAUAUAUCUCGUGGCAAUUCAAUUGAUGUCACGACAAACAAAUUUUGGUCAUUGUACGAACUUAGACCCUGAUUAUCAGGUAUAUUCACUACCAGAUUGUUUAUCUUAGAAUACGGACGACACCAGCGAUUUUGGCCCUUGAAUUUCUUGUCAGUUAACCGGCUUGACCUUCUGUUUACAGUCAAUGCAAAACUCGUUUUAG